AUGUCUAGUUUAAUAUCAUUCAACUCUUCAGAAAGCAUGUCAUUCUUGGCUCUACCCGCUGUUUUUUUUGCUCGUUAUUUUGACCAUAUUCAUAGGAUCGUUAACAUGUGGAUGAUUCUCAAACAAAAAAUCUCUGAUGAACUCUCUGCUUAUGAUAUCAAAAUCAAUACGUCUAUUACUGCAGAAAUCACUAAAAUUAAGAAUGAAAUUAACACUAAAAUCGGCAAGGAAUUCAAGUCGUCAGAAUGGACACUUAUCGGUUUUUUACGGUGGAGAUCACAAUUUACUGAUUUCUCAAAUACGCAACUCGAGCAUAGCGCAUGGAAGACGCUUCUUAGGAACAUCGCUUCUAGUGUAUAUGAAGAAUCGGCGAGACUAAAAGUUGAAGAAUUACUAUCUAGUUUUAAGGAUGCCACUGUCUAUUGCUGGACACAUUUGGUUGGAUCCCUGAGCCAGACUAAGUCUCUUGGUAGGAUGCCACUGUCUAUUGCUGGACUACAUUGGUGGUCCCUGAGCCAAAAACCAAUGGAUAGCCCCUGUGCCUGUCCAGGUGACAAAUACUCAACCAUAGUACAAGACUUCUGGAGUGAGCACAGAAUCUCGGGUCUUGAACAUCGCCUGUUAUCUGUUGCAACAGAAACCCGAUUGAGAAUGGCAAUUUCGGAUCUUAAAUACGUUGCUGGCAAAUCUGAAGAAGAAACAUUGCAUUCAAACAUGGUUGGAGAAAGACGCUGUCAGAUAUUGAAAGGGGAAUUACAAUCAAAGAGAAAAGCCUCCUCUUCUGUCACAGAUGUGGACGCAUUGAUAUCCACAAAAAAGAAAAAACCAGAUUCUGAGCUAGAUAAUGAUGACGAAGAAAUUUCGAAGGAUAAGUUUCAAUUAACCAAUAUUGACAAAUUAGAACGUGGAGAAAAUUUACGUUUUUCAGCAAAUUGCGAAGAAAUCCUAUCAUUUCAUUCCAUCAUGUAUAUUGACUUAGCAAGAAUGAAAGUCCCAUCUUACAUCUCCAUAAACGAACAUAGUUGGCGUUCUUCAGUUCGUCAGGCGGACCAACCAAACCCACCAAAUUUCUUCCGAGAUAUCAUGGAUAAUUACGAGAAGGUCAUAAAUGACAUCGAUGAACUACGUUAUAAGUUCUACGAAACCUGGGGAAGAUACCGUGAUCAUGUAAUAUAUUCGGAUGAGGAAAGGCGCAUUUUUGAAACCACGCAGAUUGUGGCACGUUCAUUGGCAAAUGGCCAAAGCCCAUCAUCCAAGGAACACCGCAUGACAUACGGACGACCUCAAGGAAAAAAACCUGAUAUGGUAAUUUGUAGAAUUCUGGAAAAGGGCGAGAGAGAAGAAUCUUGUUUCGUUGAGGCGAAACAUUUUUCUAUUUCAAGAAACAGUGACAUUGGUGGAUAUGAUAUCUACAAGAUUGCAAUUCUCUGUCAAGGAGGCAUUAAUAAAAUGAUGUCAUUGCGUGAAAACAAAUCAGGACAAGCAUUCGGUGCUCACAUUUGUGGGGGGUUCCUUCAUUUAUGUAUGAUGGAUUUAGUGUAUGACGGCAUCUACCGUUUCUUUGUGCUUUCUGAAAUUAAACUCGCCCAAGAUCUUUCUGAAUUUAACCUUUGCCGUAUUGAUUCCUUCUAUUCAAAUAUCAAUAGUCACAAUGAAUCUGGAUCCCCUGGAUCCCCUCCCCGAAAAAGUUUUUCUCGUCGCCCGGUCAUUACACCUAAGGCGCCCAAAAAUGGAAUACCUGUUGUUGGCCUGACUGAACAGAAAACAGGAAAGAAGGGCGUCAGUAGAGAUUAG